AUGGCCAAGCUGGUGUCUGUCUGUGAUCGUCUCUCAUUCUUCUUUCCCGGUCGCACUCUUGGCGAGAUCCUAAACGCAAUUCCAUCCCCUCGACUCCAAUGGCGCGCUUCCGACCGCGCCCUGAUAAGAUCCUUCCUCUCCUUUUACCGCCUUGGUUCCCAUAACCUGCGAUCAGUUAUUUCCACACCCUCAUCCAUUGAUCAAUACCGGGAUGCCCUAUGUCGUAUUAAGCAAGACAUUUCUGAUGCUAAUGCCGAACCUAACGCCGCCCAUAUGAAUGUCGACCUCGCCUCGCUCUCUGACGCCAAGCAGGACGACACCAAGACCAAGAUAUAUUCUUAUACACAAUACAUUCUCAAAGUCAAUACCAGAGAACUCCUUCCUAAAUACUACUAG